AUGCGUCUUGGACGGCUCCAUCGCUUGGCUCAAGCAGCGACUUUGCUAAUUGGCGCAGCGAGCGCUAGCAAUACCACCACCCUUGAGCCACGCGUCGUUGCAACCACUCAUCUACAGCGAUGCCUUGGUCAAGCUGGCAUCGAGCUGGUGGCCGCCGACGUCAGUACAGCAGAGGUCUACUUCCAGGCAUCUGCAUCCGACAAUGUCGUCUUUCACUACAACCCCACGCUCAUCGCGUAUCCCACCUCGGCCAGGCUGGUGCAGCAGGCGGUGAUGUGCGUUUCAGAACACUCGGAUGCGCCCAUCGCUGCUAGGAGUGGCGGCCAUUCCUUCGCUGGCUUUGGAAGCGGCGGCAUGGAUGGCUCUGUCGUCAUCGAUCUUGCCCGUCUCAACUCGGUAGUCUCGCACCCGCAGAGAGCCUCCGUCGAGGUCGGUCCGGGUGCUCGCCUCGGUGACGUGGUUAAAGGCCUCUGGCAUCAGGGCAAUGGUCAACGAGCAAUGUCGACGGGUACCUGUGCAGGAGUCGGCGUCGGCGGUCUCAGUCUCUGUGGUGGCUUCGGUCCCAUGUCAAGAAAGUGGGGACUUACUGCCGACAAUAUCCUCGAAGCGGAUCUCGUGCUUGCCAAUGGAUCCAUGGUCACCGUCUCGGAAUCGCAGCAUCCAGAGCUGCUCUGGGCGCUACGAGGAAGUGGUUCCUUCUUCGGCAUCGUCACUCGCUUUCUUUUCCAAUCACAGGACGCCUCGCCACCCGUUAUUUCGUUUGAAUUCCGCUGGACCCCUUCCAUCGACACCGUAGACAAGGCCAUCGCAGUCAUGUUGGCCGUCCAAGCUUUCUCUCUACAGCACGAUCUCUCAAACGAUCUCGGCUUGCACAUCCAACUCCGCAAGCCGUCACAAAGCGAUCCUCAGCCAUCAAUGAACCGACCAGUCUCAAUCGAAGUCAAGGGUAUAUACCUUGGCCCUGUAGCCGAAUGGGAUCAGCUUCAAUCGAAGCUCAUGGCCGAACUUCGUUCUUACUCCGCGCCGGAGCCGGACACCCAGAAAGUCACGCUUCAUAACUAUCUUGAGCUCAUGGAGGAAUGGGAUGACUUUGGCAAAGGCGAGCACAAGCUUGACACCGAAGCUAUCCACAAGCAACACAACAACUUUGUCACAAAGUCAUCGCUCACCCUCAAGCCCAACAAGGGAUUCGACCAGCAGGCUUUGCGGCCUCUCAUGCAAUAUAUUUGGGAUACCAGUUUGACCGCUGGCCAAGAUGUCGAUCUUCCUAACGGCAAGCAUGUAUUUUGGGCGUGGAACAUCUACUUUGAGCUAUUCGGCGGCGGCAGGCCAGCACACGCUCAGCCUAAAGCCAAGAAGCUCAGCAGCUUCCCUCAUCGAGAUGGUCUCUGGCUCAUCCAAGUUGCUGUUGGCACUGUUGCCUACAUGGACCUCGCACACUCAGGCCACCUAUAUGCACGCGAGCUCGAUGCUCGAAUCAACGGCGCCAUCCAGGCCUCCGACCUUGGCAGAGGUGGCUACUCUUGCUACGUCGAUUCGGAACUCGACGAAGACGAAUGGAGGCAGCUCUACUAUGGAUCCUCCAUUCCACGCCUUGAAGACAUCAAGAUGCAGGUCGAUCCACUGAAUCUGUUCCGCAACCCGCAGACCUUGGGCAGUCGCAGAGACAUCCAAGCCCGACGCAAAGCUGCACGUCGUCGUCGCCGGGAGCCGGAGGCUGGCCCCCCACCGCUCCGAUCUUCUCGUCUGUGA